CCAGCUGUAUCCCAACUCCCCCCCUCAUCUUAACCGCUUUACAGGAACUCCCGCUAACCAAUCCCAUAACCUCCUCUCUCACCAACGUCCAACCUUCCACCUUCUCUUCCGGUAACCCUUCCCCUCCCUUUUAUAUAUCCCCUAACUCCCCCACGCCCCCCAUUAUAAUCCCUCUUCCAAACCUUCUUUCUUUCUUUCUUUUCUUUCUUUUCUCUUUUUCUUUGCUUCCAUGUCCAAACAAACCGAUCGAAUCAAAGGCCCUUGGAGUCCUGAAGAGGACGAUGCCCUUCAAAGAUUGGUCCAUAAAUACGGCCCUCGUAACUGGUCCUUGAUUAGUAAAUCCAUUCCUGGCCGCUCCGGCAAAUCUUGUCGUCUCCGAUGGUGCAACCAGCUCUCCCCUCAGGUGGAACACCGAGCCUUUACCCCCGACGAAGACGAGGCCAUCAUUAACGCUCAAGCUCUCUACGGCAACAAAUGGGCUACCAUCGCCAGGCUCCUAUCCGGUCGGACGGAUAACGCUAUCAAGAACCACUGGAACUCCACCUUGAAACGGAAGUGCUCGUCCAUGCCUGACGACACCGGCGGCUGUCAUGCCACUUCCCCACCCUUCAAGAAGUCGGUUUCUGCAGGUCUUUAUAUGCCUCCCAAUAGUCCUUCUGGAUCUGAUCUUAGCGAUUCUGGCUUCUUCCCUGCUGUUUCGUCCUCACAUGUCUUCCGGCCAGUGCCCAGGACCGGCGCCGUUUUGCCUCCCGGGGAAACGGUGUCGUCUUCGGACGAUCCACCGACAUCGUUGUCGUUGUCGCUUCCGGGUGCGGACUCAUCGGAGGUUAAUUUUGUGGCGAAUUCUGUACAGGGGGUGGGUGGAGUUUCUGAGAGACGGAGUACGGGGUUGGCGUGUUCGGCAACGGCGAAUGGAGAAGAACGAAUUUCAGGGGAGAAGGAGGAGAGUAAUAGUAAUGGAUUUGGGAUAUUUAGCUCGGAUUUAAUGGCGGUGAUGCAAGAGAUGAUAAGGAAGGAGGUGAGAAACUACAUGGCUGGAUUAAUGGAACAGAAGGUUGGUGGGGGUGGCGGAGUUUGUUAUCAGCAAGCUGCCGCCGGUGGGUUUAGAAACGUCGUGGUUCAGAGGAUUGACUGAGGAAGUUACUGUAAGUAAAAAAAAGGGAAAGAAUUUUCCAGAAAAAGGAGGAAAGAAAAAGAAGAGAUAGAGGGGUUAAUAAUGGGAAAUAAUUAAUGUUUUUUGUUUUGUUAUUUUGUUUAAUUUUUUUGUUUAUGUUUAGUAGUAGUUUGUGCAUCCAAGAAGAUGGAAAAUUUGGGUAUUUUGACGAAGGAUGAUGAAGUAAUGAAGGACAAAGGUGGUGGGUUUAUAUGGAGGAAGAUGAAGAUGGUGAUGAUGAACUAUGAAUCUUCCAUUGAUGAACUGAACUUUUGAAUCUGUUUCUCCUUUUUUUUCUUUUAAAUUAAAUAUAAAUAUAUACAUGAAUUUUGACAGGAAAA